AGCACCUUUUAUAAGAAACCUAAGCAUUUGGUUGAGGUUUCUUAAAUUUUGAUUCGGUUUAAACUGGCCAGAACUUUUAUCAGUGUUUUCUACUGGGAUGAAACUGGAAGUUAGAACAACCGUUUGAAAUUAGAAUGUCUCGUUGGCAUUCAAGACUGGGAGAUUUAUAGGGGAUGUUUUUGGCAUUGUUAUAGGAAGUUGUAAGAAAAUGUAAUAGUCCCCACCUCAUGAAUGUAUUUGAUUUGUUUAAUGCAUCAUUUUAUCCAGUAAAAGCAUCUUUACCAUUUUAGUAAGUCAAAAUGUAAUCAAAGGUGAAAAAAUGAAUUUCUUCAAAGGUAUUGUAAAGCGACGAGGAGGGCGUCAUGAUGAAGAAGACAGUGCAAUGCAGAAAGAGAGAAGUCUCUGUAUUCAACACCUGCGUAAACUUUUCCUAGAAUUUCUUCAUCCGCCUGCAACACUUACUUCAGAGCAGAGUGAAAUGAAACAGUACUUUAUGUUUCCAUUGUUUCUAAAAGCAUUUACAAAUACUGAUACAUCUCAUUUGUCUGAACGAUUUGGUGAUGUUUUGCAAUUUGCUGCUCACACAUCAAAACUUAUGGUUUCUGAGGUGCAAAGGAGAGCAGCAAAUAAAACAAAAUCACAAGCAAGUAAAGAUAUACUUUUAUUCUUAUGCCACCAUCAUGAUAAUAUGGAAAACAAAGGUUGGAAUUUGAUCAGUACUAUUGAGAUUUUAACUAAUGGGGAACUUGCUGUCGUUGAAUGUAUGGUGGCUGCCUCAUUACAAUCUAUUCUAGUAAAAUGUAUAAAACUGUUUUUUUCACUUCCCUCGAAUUUUGGCAGUCAUGAAAAAUGUUUAGAAGUUCAAAAAAUACUUAUUCCUAUUCUUGUAAAACUUUGCAAUCACCCAAUAACAGCAAAAGAAUUGAUUCGAACAGACGAUCUUGCUUCGUUAUUUGAAGCUCUUACAUGUAGCUCUAAACCCGAACACAUGAUAUGGAGAAGUGGUGUAUCUGAAGUCUUAACAUCUAUAACACGACAUUGUUUCACCAAUGAUGUGAUUGAUUACAUUUAUGAAAAAUCAUGUAUUUCAUUAACUCUUGCUAACAUUGAAAGUAUAUGUGAUAACGAUGCGUUAGCUGUCGUGGAGAUGUUUGUGACGCUAACAUGCAUGCUGAAAGAUUCUGCAGAGGUCUCUCCAGUCUUGUUGGACAGUUUUCGAGAUUGUCAGGGCUACAAAUUUCUAACAAGAGUACUUUUAAAAUUUUCGAAAUGCAGUGAUGAACAAUCGUUAGAAGCAAGUCGGAACCUUGUCUUAUUGAUAGCUUCUUUAGUGACGACUGGAUAUAAUCAAUUGCAACCAUCUUUGGCAAUCUCAACACCAUUUCAGAAAAGCGAAUAUCUUAUCCCAAAGCCAAGCUCUGCCCAGGGAGUCAGUAUUAGAAAUUUAGAUGCAUUUAAAGUGCUAAUGGGUGCUUUUCUAGAGUCAUCCAGUGAAACGCUUUGCAUGCACAUUUUGAAUUCAAUUCAAAACUUGUUGAAUUAUGACAAUGCAAAUUAUUUCAUAAUCGAGCCGAUUCAUCCAUUUGCACAGUUCAUUCAAAAGAUACCGGAGAAGAGUGGUAAAGUUAAAGCUGCAAUAUUAAAAUUAGUUGAAUUUGUUGCACUGCAUUUGCUGUGGGUUCCGAGUCAGGAGUUAGUAUCAAUGACCAUACUCUUUAAAGAUCCCAAUUUCAAGGACAGUCAAUGUGCUGUUUUGAAUACACUUAUACUACUCAUCAAUCAUAAUGUAAAAUAUAAAAACGUUCUACGGGAAGCUGGUUUGGUUGAUGUAAUGAUUGUUGCUUUGAAACGGUACUCAACAACAUUAAAAGGAUCCUGUGAAGUAUUAGAAGGGAAAGAACUCUCUCCGCCAUCAUCACCUGUUGACGAGUCAACAACGGACUAUUUGUUUUUACUGAUGGAAUGUUUACGUUUGUUAAUUGAAAACAAUGCCACCAAUGCAGAUUUGUUCCAUCAACAUGGUGGUUCUAGAUGUGCUCAUAAUUUGAUACCAUUUGAAUCAGCAAGGCCUUAUGCAUUGAGAAUUAUACAGCAACUUAUAGUGGAUGGAGGACAUGAUGACUUAGGAACAUUACUUGGUUUGAUGCAUUCGACACCAACCACAGAUAUCAAGCUGAAGUCAGAUGUGUUAUCGUCAUUAUUGCAUAUUUUCGAAAUGAACCCGCAAACGAGAGCAGUAUUCCAAGAAGUUGGAGGAUUUGUAUAUGUUGUUUCUGUUUUGGUUAGUCUGGAAGGAAGUUUAGCAGAUCCUCCUGUACCACUGUGGAAAAACUCUAAGAAGGAGUCCAUCUUAGAACUAAUGUGGAUGACAUUUAACGUUCUAACAUCAGCCAUGAAAGAUGAGCCAGUGAACAAAAUAAUAUUUAUGGAUGAGAUUCGCUUUAAAGGAUUGAUUGAUACAGUAAAACUUCUUGGAUGUUUCUCCACUGACAACAGUGCCUUAUCACCUUUUAAAAACACUGGAAGAUUGCCUUUAAUUAAUGCAUCAACAUUAAAGUCGGUUGUGACCACUGAUAUUCCUAAAAUUGAAAGAAACAGUCAAAAAUUUGUGCAAGUUAUAAUAUGCAAAACAAUAUUAAGUAUGGCGACUGGAACGUUUGACACAUGGGACAUAAAUUUUGACGAAUUGAGUUCAUUGACUCCUAGAAAAAUUCCCAAAAUUCUUCACCCAAGAGCUGUUAAUGGAUUGGUGGAGAUACUGCCCUUACUUGGAGAAAACAGUGCCAACGCGGAUAUUUCUGAUGUUCUCCUUUAUGUUGUACUUCAAGUGCAACACUUGGUUGGAUCAGAAAUCAAUCAACAAUUAAUGUGUGAUGCAGACUUGCCUCAUCUACUUCUGUUGAAGUGUCAAGAAGUGUUUAUCGAUGAUUUCCAUCCAUUGAAUGCACCACUUACAAAAUUAUUUGAACGGCUUGCUGGACAAUCAUUAUAUCCAAAAGUUUUAAGAAAAUUUCUGCGUCUCGGCUCACCUCUAUGUAGUAAAUCUCCUUACGCUGUGUUACGUGGCCCUGAUAGAGAAAUCCCAAAAACUCUGGUGGAGACCCCAUCUCAGAGUGCUAGAUCUCAUCGACGAGAUAACUCACAGGACAUGACGUUGCGUGUCACAGAUGGAGAUAUUGAAAUUUCUCAUGACAAUGAAUCUGGUAUGCGCACACCUUAUCUUUGGGAAGCAAACGAGUUUCAAUCAAUUGAUGAUGAAAAUUUAAGUGGUUUGUCAAGCAGAAAUAGCAAAGCCAGUUUAAAAACUAGAAGCUCUGUGGAAUCAAUGGAUGAUCUUCAUAGCACUAGUGAAGGGGUUGACAUAAACACAACAGGAAAUAAUUCUAAUAAGACUGUCAACAAUUUGGACGAAGCUGAAAAAAGAUUAGACUUAGAUAUAACAUCUGAAGAGAAAUCGCCUCAGCUGACUUUAGAUUUACAGAAAGUGGAUAGUAUAGAUGAUCUUAGCAUGAGUAUGAAUUCAAACUGCAAUCCGGUUGAUAAAAUAGAAUCUAUGUUGGAGGAUGAUUUUGAUGUAAAAUCCAUUGGGUCUUUAGAUCAUUUUAAGCAAGACAUAUAUAGGCUUUGUGACAAAUUUGAAGGGCGACCAUUGCCACAAAAUUUAGUAAAAAGUGUUGUAUCUUUAACUACACCACGUGAUGUAUUGAGUACGUCGCCAUUGGAACCACCAGCUUUUAUUGAGUUUGAUAUGACUCAGGAUGGAUAUGCAUGUUUGUUUAUCCCUGCACUGACUCCUCAAUGUGUGCAAAGUAGUGCAAAUUUAAUUCACUCGUUGCGGACAUCCAGUACUUCCUCUGUCAACCUUUCCUUAACAUCAUCUUCAUCACAAGCAGAAAGGACGUUUCCUCCUCAAGCUGGUUUGACAUACUCUGGUUGGGUCUACUUGGAAUGUACUCCCACCAUACCAUCCAUACAUUCAUCUGUUGGACUAUUCACUGUUGAGAAACAAUGGGAAGAAUUUGGUUCAAAGCGAUUAAUUAAUAGUAGUGUGUUUCAGCUUUAUCUUAAUCUACAAGAUAAAAGCCUUGUGAUAAAUACAGAGGACCAUUAUGUAAGUGACCGCAGUGCAAAAGGUAACACUGUCCUGAGUAUCAACAAAAAUGAACUUUUUGAACUUCAUAAAUGGAACCAUAUCUCUGUUGUACUUCAUAAAAGCAUGAUGAGAACAAGUACUGCCUCUGUUUUCGCUAAUGGAAAGUUUAUUGGAAAUUCGAAGAUCAAAUACAUCCAUCAAGGUUCACCAACUGGUGCGGACAUAAGUACAUGUAAGACUGUUGCAUACAUUGGUACUCAUCCAAAACAGUGUCAUAUAUCAGACCUUGUUUGGCGAUUGGGACCAAUGGCAGUAUUUGAGGAACCUUUAUCAGAAGAAAGUAUCAAUACUAUUUAUUCGCUUGGUCCUGGAUAUAUUGGUUGUUUUCAAGCUCCAUGUGUUCAAGAAAGUUACGAGGAGGAUUUAAUAGAGCAGAGACUUCCACCUUUGAUAUCAGAAGAGAAGAUAUUGUUGACAUUAAACCCACAUUAUGUAACAUUGACGACCUUGCUGAAACUGUCAGCUCAAUGUGCAAAGUCUGAUUUGGAUCUACUGGCAACUGAGAUGAACAUAAGUCCUGAAGACAAACACACACCUAUCAAACUGUUGCCAAAUUCUUCACUGCAUCUUACUGGUGCUAGUCGUCCAAUUGGGUUAUUUUUUGUUGGCUCGUCAAGCAUAAGAAUAUUCUGUCCAAAUCCUGUGGCUUCAGCAUUUGUCAGCAUUGGUGGAAUGUCAAUCUUGUUAUGUCUGGUUGCUAUGGUAAAUCAGCUAAGUGAACUUUAUGCUUCUUUAAAAGCACUGACUUGUAUAUUGCAAAGCAGCUGGAUUGCUAGAAGAGAAAUGAACAGAGUACAAGGAUAUCAGAUUGUAGCAUUUCUACUGAAGAAGAAGAAACAUCUCUUGAACACACACAUUUUGCACCUCGUCUUCUCACUUGUUGGUACAGUUCGUAGUGAUCGCGAAUCGGCAACUAUCCCAAACAUUACAGCAUUCAAUGACUUGUUAUGUGAUCUAGAGAUAUGGCAUAAUACACCUGCUGAACUGGAACGAUCACUGUUCUCACACUUUUAUGAGUUGGUUACACAGGGAGUUGAUCAACAAAGAAAUAUACUGUGCUUGCGAAAACUUGGAUGUGUGUCCAGAUUGAUUUAUGUCAUUCAAGAUGGUGACAUUUCAGAUACAACGCUUAAUACUGUGGCUAGUCUGUUGUCUGUGUUAUUGUGCAAAACGAACCAAUUAACCGAUUUACUUGUUGUUGGACAGUAUUUAUCAAGCACAUUGCCAACAAAAGUAUCCGAGCAACAUAUUCAGCUUGAUGAUAUCAAUUCGCAUGAAAAUAAGGAAGAGCUGGACUUACAACGCAUUAUCAAUCAUCGGAAUGCACUUUUGGACGUGCUGCUACAUCUGCUGUUGGGAAAUGGUGUACAUGGAAUGGAUGUUCAGUUUGCAGAACAGUUGUACACUACACUUGGUUUUGACUGGAUUCUUCUAUUCCUUGGCUCAAAUAUUCACAAAACAACAGUGUUAAGAGGAAUCCGAAUGUUGUUCAAGAUGCUUUCAGAUUCAACUGCAUUGCACAGUUUUCAAAAUGGGACAGCAAAUGGGUAUUGGCUGCUAGGUUCGGAAGUCCUCACAACCAAGAAAAGCAAUAUUGCAGCCGGAUUUAAUGUUGCUGAAUCCGAAAAUUCUCCAUCACCAUCAGAACAUGAAGUCAAUCAUCAAUCGUACAAACAAAAAGGGAUACCUUUGUUGACCUCUCUUCUUGAAGAACAUACUGAUCUGACAGAAGUUUAUUUCCUCUUGUUAUCUUUACUACUCAAAAAUAGUUUGGAUGGUGCUGAAACAGGUUUAAAGUUAAACAUUGAAAGUCUAUAUUUAAUAUUUUGGCCUCCAGCAUCAUUGGAAAAAAUCAAGGAAAACAAUUUGGUUAAAAUUUACUGCUUGGAUGCAAUAAUUAUCUUACUGCAUUUGGUGCGGAAACUGAUGAGUCAGACACCUUUAGCAAGUGUUCAAGAUGACAAUGUUCCUUCCACUAUUAUUCAGUUCUUGGAGUUUUUAUGUCAAAACGUAGCAGAAGUAGAACAAUUUUGUUGCAAGGAAACAUUCUUAUCUGCAUUAUCGUCAACUUUGGUGCCACUAGAAGAAGAUAAAGAGUUGGCUGAGUUUAACGUAGAGGAAGUCAAUAACGAAGUAGAUGGAGGACUUUCUGUAGAUGGCUUGACACUCUCUAGUCAUCCUUGUAAAGAUCUUGUGAUUACUUUUUUAAGAAAUAUUGUCAUUCAGAACAUGCUGCUGCAUAUGAGUGGGAAAAUAAGUGCUUUUACAGAUCUUGUUUUGCAGUCUAUUUCCUCAUCUGCAACAAUUGGCCAGCAACAGAAGUAUCAAACAUCGUUAAUCAACGCUGUCAUUGAAGAAUACACAAAUGGUACUGUCUGGAAGUCGGUCAGUGGCAAACGAAGUGAUGCAAAUUUUUCAAAGUUUUUAAUGAAUGGUGUUUGUUUUGCUGUUAAAGUUGUAGACAGGCUUUGGCUAGGAAAUUAUGUUAGUUCCUACAAGAUAUUGCUUCAAUUUAUUAUCCAUCUGAUACAGAAUUUAGAAAGUAAUGGAAUGAAUGUUGAUUCACCAUACCAUUCAUUGAACAGAGUGUUUUUACAUCAAUUCGCCAAACCAGCAUCAAGGCUAACAGACCAAACCCAUCUUAUGGAAUUACUUCACGAUUUAACCAGUAACAGCAAAAUUGUGUUUUCUCCACAAAACCGUGAUUCAGAAUUUAUAGCUUGCUUAACACAUUGGUUACUUAUGGUAGGGUUACAAUCUAAUUCGCGACAGUCAAGUAGAAGGGUUUCAUUUAGUGAUAUCUUUGAUGCAGAUGAAUCAUUUGACGACAGUAGUGUUACUGCAAUAACAAGUAAUGAUGGUGAUGAAACAGCUUUACAUCAACUCAUGACAGCUGCCUCAGAGAGAGUUUGGAAUGUUUUCUAUAAACAUAAGAAAGAAAAUAUAGAAGAAGUCUUUGGUGUUCAAUCAUCUUUUGUUUCUUAUGAACCAAUACCAGUUGCAUCUGGACGAGCUGUUGGCCUAGAUCUUCUGGGAGCUAAAAAUUUAUUCAGUGAGCAAGCACUUAGAAGUUGGAUAAUAUUUUAUAACAAUGAAGAAAGAAAGAAAAAUGAGUACUUAGCUGCUCCUCUUCAACGGUCCUCUAAAAAGUUGUCUACAAAAUGGCCUCUGAAACGGGAAAAGACGGCAGAAGAAAUAUUUACAGUACAAGAAACAUUAGACUGGAUAUCCGUUCAUCUGCGGGCUGUAAAAGCUUUGGUGAAAAUGAGACACGCCAAACAUUCACAAGAGAUUCUUUUGCGUAAUAAUUUGGCUGAAAAAAGUUGGUGCGACAUGGAGCUUGAGUUGAUCCGUGAAGGUGGAAUAUGGGGUCCAGAACAUAGCAAUCCACUGGAAAAAUGGUUGCUAGAUUGCGUUGAAGGACCAUGUCGUAUGCGCAAACGUCUAACAAGAAACGACAUGUUUUACAUGCAUUAUCCUUACAUUGAGCAAGACAAAGAUCAAUUGCUGCUGAAACAUAGACUGGCUUACAGCCAUGAUAGCAAAUUAUUGUAUCAGCUAUGUCAGAAGUACAUCAAUCCUGAUGCUUCUCUUCCUGAUGUUUUUCCAAGCAAAGAGAAUCCUUUUUCAUGGCGCCCAAAGUUGUAUUCAGUUGAUGGUUUUGAAGCCGAAGAUUCUGUAGAAGAGGUUAACACACAAACAAUUAUCCAUUUACUGGAAACUGGUGAAAAAAUCUACUCUAUGUAUCGUUGUGCACGUGUUAGUGGAUUAGACAGUGCUGAAGGUCUGUUUUUGUUUGGUCGACAUCAUUUUUACGUUGUUGAUGGUUUUACCUUGAUGUCAGCAGAAACAAAGGAAGGUUCAUCAAAUGCUAAAGAAAUUAAAGACAUCAGCAUGCUUCCUGAAGGUUCUCAUGAGCCGCUUAUUCCUCACGCAAAAGGAGACUCGAUUAUGAAAAGAUCUCUCAGCAAAUGGUCGUUUGAUGAAAUAAAAGAGGCAAAUAAAAGAAGAUAUCUUCUGCAGGAUAUUGCUAUUGAGGUGUUUUCUAAUAAUGGAAAUACCCAUCUUCUUGUAUUUCCCAAAGAAACAGCAAGAAAUAAAGUAUAUUCCAGAAUCACAAGAGUUUCACCUGCAUUAGCAAACAGUCAAGAAUCUGUUGCUGGAAUGAACUCAGAUGCUGACGUUGAAGCAGGACAGAGUUUACUUAGUACCCUUCUUACAGGAGAACGUUCUCUCACUCAGAGAUGGGUGCGAGGUGAAAUAAGCAAUUUCCAGUAUUUGAUGUUUUUGAAUACUUUGGCUGGUCGCUCGUAUAAUGACUUGAUGCAAUAUCCCAUAUUUCCUUGGGUGCUAGCUGAUUAUGAAAAUGAGUUUUUAGAUUUGACCAACCCUACAACAUUUAGAGAUCUAUCGAAACCUAUGGGUGCACAGGGAAUGAAUCGAUUAGAAAGUUAUAGAAAGAGAUUCAGAGAAUGGGAAGAUCCAACAGGAAAGACACCGGCUUAUUACUAUGGGACACAUUAUUCUUCCGCCAUGAUUGUCGCUUCAUAUUUGAUUCGAUUGGAACCCUUUACACAACAUUUUCUCCGUUUGCAAGGUGGUCAUUUUGAUUUACCGGACAGGCUAUUUCAUAGCAUCAAAGACGCUUGGUCAUCUGCUUCAGAAUCUAACAUGGCAGAUGUAAAAGAGUUAAUCCCAGAGUUUUUCUACCUGCCAGAUUUCUUAACGAACGAUAAUCAUUUUGAUCUUGGAUCUAAACAAAACGGUGAAGAACUUGGUAGUGUUCUUCUCCCACCCUGGGCAAAAGAUGAUCCAAUAGAAUUUAUCAGAGUUCAUAGAGAGGCUUUAGAAUGUGACUAUGUAAGUUGUCAUUUACAUGAAUGGAUUGAUCUUGUAUUCGGUUACAAACAACAAGGGCAGGCUGCUAAAGAAGCUGAUAACGUGUUCCAUCAUCUGUUUUAUGAAAAAUCUGUCGACCUUGAAGCUAUCACGGAUCCGCUGGAAAGAAAGGCUACAAUAGGAUUUAUAAAUAACUUCGGUCAAAUGCCCAAACAGUUGUUUAAAAAACCACAUCCCACCAAAAAAGUUGUGAGAGGUCUUGAGUCUAGCACACAAACUGGUGUUUUACCAGUCCAUAGCACAACCUUUACUGACAAAUUGUUCUUUCAUCAUAUCAACAGUUUGGUUCCAUCUGUCCAACCAGUUAAGGAGCUAAAAUACUCAGUCGGUCAGAUUUCAACAGCUGAGAAAACUCUUGCUGCUACUGAAACCAAUAAGGCCAUAUUUCCUGGUUGUCUAAAUCGUAUUGGUUGGGGCUAUGGUGAUUUUAGUUUGCGUUAUUUUUCAAGUGAUGAUAAGUUAUUAGCUGUAUUUGAAAGUGUCUUCACUGGUCAGACUUUGUGUGUGGCAUGUCUUGAUAACACCAGAUUUGUUACUGGUGGAACUAGUACUGCUGUUUGUGUCUGGAACAUAGAACAGAAGGCAAAGGACAAGUCAUACAAUUUAGUCUUACAAAAGGUUCUACACGGACAUUGUGGAGAUGUCUUAAGUAUAGUUGUAUCACAAGCAUAUAAUAUUAUUGUCAGUGGCUCUGAGGAUAAAAGUUGUAUAAUUUGGGAUCUACGCAAACUUUCAUACACAAGAAAGCUGUCCAUACAUUCUGGUGGUCCUGUCUCCUCCAUUGCUAUUAAUAAUACUACUGGAGACAUUGUAACAUGUGCUGGGACACAUUUGUAUGUUUGGACAAUAAAUGGACGACUACUUGUUCAAGAGAAUACUUCCCCUGCUAUAUCAGGACAAAUUUUAUGUUGCACUGUCUCAGAGUACAAUGAAUGGGAUGAAUCAAAUGUUAUCUUAACAGGAUCAGCGGAUGGAUUUGUCAAGCUUUGGGGAAUAGAAUUUUAUGAUGCUGCAGAAAGUGAGUCCAACAUUUCGUUGGAAUCUGUGAAAAUGAGUUCAAGACAAAGCAGCUUAACGAAGAAUGAUUCAAGUUUUGAUUCCAAGGACUACUUACUUGUGAAGUACCCAAGUUUUUCAAAAAGAGAAUGGAGUAGACGUCUUGUUCUUCGCCAUAAGUUAACAAUGCAUACUGCUUUCUCACGUGUUGAUAAUACAGAACCUGCAUCCGUCACCGCAUUAGCAAUAUCAAGAGACCAUAGAAAGGUAUAUGUUGGUGACAGCCGUGGAAGAAUUUACAGUUGGUCCAUGUCAGAUUCUGUUGGCCGAAUAGCUGAUCAUUGGGUGAAGGAUGAAGUAGCUGAUACUUGUAGCAAUUGUGGAACGAAAUUUACAUUUUCUGAAAGAAAGCAUCAUUGUCGUAACUGUGGCAACGUAUUUUGCGGAAGAUGCAGCCGAUAUGAAUCACCAGUUGUUCAUUUACGAAUCUUCAAAGCAGUUCGUGUGUGUGUGAAGUGUUACUAUGAGCUAAGACGUAAGCCAAGUGUCUCGUUGAAACUGAGGAGGUGAUACAGCUAACAAGUGAGAAAUUUGGCUUGCUAGAUUUCAUUAUCACACUUCCUAAAGCUGUACAGAUUUUAAAUAUUUUUUCCUCUUAGUAUAUUUUUCUCUGAGCUGUGUAUAUUUUUAUUUCAUAUGAACUCCAACGCACACCUUUUAAAUUUAAAUUCCAAAAUAUAAUUUCUCCUACGAGUUGGGUUUUAACACGUCACUCAUACGAAUAUUGAGUUUUAAUUGGCAGUGUCAUGCCAGAAUUAUAUGGAUUCGCAUAAAAAUAUGAUUUACCAACUUCUCCUGAAAAUAUUUACUAGCAACCAGGCUUUAUUUAGAAUUACUUUAAUCUAUUUUUUAUAACUAUUCACAGAAUCCAUAACACCUUGAACUUGCAAUGGAAUCAACGAAUAUAAAUAGUAAAUGUUUGAUAUAUUCGUUCGGAUAAAUAGGGGAGCAUUUUUUUUUUAACAAUAGCUACAACCAUCUAUGGUAACUAUGCUGUUUAUACAUGAAUGAAUUAUAAAUAUAUAUUAUCUAGUAGUGUAUAACUUUUUAGGUUAAUUUGCAAACAUUGUAAAUACUUAAAACCUCUAAAAUAAUUAAAAAAGUCAAAAAUUUGAAUAGGACCUAUUAGGCUAUACCCGUGGGGGACUUAAAAUAUAUAUUUUAAAGUUUAUUAAAAUUUCUUGUUUUCAAUAUUGCGGGGUUUAUAUAUUUUUAUGACCUACUUUUUGCAGUGUGUUGCAUCACUAUAUAUGAAAAACAACCAAGCUAACAAAAGUUAGAAAAGUUAGGAAUCUUUAGUUUAUCUCAAUUGCCCUGCAUUUGAAUAUCUCUUUUGCUAUAGAGCGUAGUUUUGUGGAAUAGUUUUUUAUGAAAUCUCAGAUAUUCAUUUUUUAAUUAAUUCUAAGCAUUUAAUUGUUCAAAUGUAAUGGGCGUCCUGUGUUUUUUUAAAUUAGUGACUGCUACAGGUGCUUAUAAAUACCGUUUACGCAGAAGGUUAUGAAAUAGUUUCUGCAGUUUUGAUAUGUCAUUCAAAAAGGCGGUUUUCCUAAGUGGCUAAGUGUUUUCUGGAGUGAAGAAAAUAACGCUUUUUACGCGUUCGAUGUGAGAUUCCUACUUUUGAGAUCACAAGCGACAACCAAUAUUCUUUUAUGACAUAUAUAUUAUGAAAUAUAAAUUUAUUUUUUGUAUCUGAAAUAAAAAUUGUAUGUUAAAAAGAAAAGUGAAGAUCAAUUUUUGUGUUUUUGUAUCCAUCCCCCAUUCAAAAUUUUUUAUAUAUUAUUUUCAUAUUUUUUAUUUGGUUUUUAUUUUUUAUGUAUAUUAGUUACGACCUUGGAUCUUAUGCUGACCUUUUAUAUGGCCAAGCUCUAUCUAUCUCACGUACCCCCCUUCAAGUAACUUUCUUGUAAGUCACUGAAAAUGGAAAAUCACAAUCCAUUUCGUACUCCUUGUAAUGUUUUGAAAUAGAUUAUUCACACCAGAAAUUGUUUCGCAGCAUCUAACUUAUGAUGUCAUAAUUUCGCACAAAACUUUCAAGUUUUUUUUCUCAAAAACCAA